AUGUCUUUCGGAUUUGGAGGGUUCGGCCAGAACAACCAAAGCAGCGGCUUUGGCACUGGCACUGGCUCUGGCUUUACCGGCACUGCUGGAGGCUUUGGCUCGACAGCUUCCCCGUUUGGAGGUGCCACCAGUGGCACUUCAGGCACUGGCUUCGGUGGUGGCGCUUCCAACACAUCUACUGGCUUCGGAUCUGGUUCCGGCACUGGCGGAGGAUUCGGAAAUACUCCGGCGCAGCAACCUAACGCCCUUUUCGGUGGUCAAGCCCGCCCUGGCGGAUUCGGCACUACCACCACUUCUAACAGCGGCUCUCUCUUCGGAGGAGGCACUCAGACAGCUGGAACCGGCGGCUUCGGUACUGGUGGAGGAUUCGGUUCUACCGGCACUACUGGCGGCUUUGGCGCCAAUGCUAGUGCAGCCCCUGCAGGUGGAAGCCUUUUCGGCAGUGCCAAACCCACUGGUUUUGGCUCUUCGACUACGGGCACUACCGGAUUCGGCACUAGCGGUGGCUUCGGAUCUACUGCGGCUUCCACCACAACCCCCACCACCGGCUUUGGUGGCUCAGGCACUGCCUUUCAAGGAGCUCUACCUACCUGCGAAGGAACUGGCGGCACCCCGUUCACUCCUUGGAACGAGAAGGAUACCAGCUCAACCAACACUACGAACCACUACCAAAGCAUCUGCUUUAUGCAGCCCUACAAUAAAUGGUCCUUUGAGGAAUUGCGCCUAGCGGAUUAUCAACAAGGUCGCCGCUUCGGCAACGGUAGUGGACAAGCCGGUGGCUUUGGCGCUCCCGCUUUCGGUGGCGCCACUACCGGUGGAUUCGGUCAGCAAAAUACUACAGCUACUCCUGGCGGCUUUGGCGCUAGCACCACUCCAUUCGGAGCGGCUGCCACAAGUGCACCAACUGGUUUCGGUUCAACCCAGACCGCAGGAGGAUUCGGCUCUACACCUGCUAACCCAUUGUUCGGUGGAGCAGCCAAACCAGCAACUUCCUUGUUCGGUGGUGGAGCUACUCCUGCAGCUUCGUCAGGAUCCCUCUUCGGAGGAGCCACACAGACGGCUGGUGGCUUCGGAAGUAACACCGGUACUGGAACUGGAUCAGCUUUCGGCAACACCGGCGGAUCCUUGUUCGGUGCCAACAACCAGCAACAGCAGAAUAAGCCCGCAUUUGGCGCCGCUGCGACAACUGGCGGUAGCGCCUUUGGUGGUUUCGGUAAUACUCAAACAACUACCGCCGCGAAUCCGUUCGGAGGUGCGACCGCCACAGCCUCGCCCUUUGGUGGCGGUACUCAGCAGCAAGCACCAAGUGCCUUCGGUGGUUUCGGUGGUGCAACCCAACAAAACCAAGCUCAAACUCAACCCAAAUCACUGUUUGGCGGCGGUGGAUUUGGUGCGGGUACUCAGCAGCAGGGAACUGGCACAGGUUUGCUCGGCGGCGGCGCUGGCACUACUCCAUCUACUGGAUCUUCACUCUUCGGUGGAGCCCAGCAGCAACCUCAGCAGCAGGGAGGUAGCUCACUCUUCGGCGGUCAAACUCAGCAAACUGGUACCGGUAGUAGCUUAUUUGGCGGUGCACAGAAUCAGCAGCAACAAAAGCCGACUGGUCUCUUCGGAUCUACCCCAGCUCCCGCUGCGGGUGGUUUCUCUGGCUUCGGUGCCUCGCAGCCCCAGCCAGCCACUGGUGGUAGUAGCUUAUUCGGCACACAAAACCAACAGCAGCAGAAACCCACUGGCCUCUUUGGCUCAACUGCAGGCACUGGCGGUAGCCUGUUCGGCGGUGGUCAAACCACCACGGGCCAGGGCGCUGGCUCUUCGCUCUUCGGUGGUCAAAACCAGCAACAGCAGACCGGCGGCCUAGGUGCCAGUCCUUUCGGUGCCUCUAUGCCCGGACAGCAGUCUCAACCUGCUCCUGGUAGCUUCCAAGCGUCGCUCCUUGAUGGAAACCCGUAUGGAAGCCAGUCUAUCUUCUCUGGUCUUCCUGCCCCUGGUGGAUCGGCUCCCGGUCCCCUUGCCACCCCGCUGUCUUCCAGCAUGAAGCAAAAGCAGCGAACUCCGUUGCCAGUCUACAGAAUUACUCCCAACGCUGCCAAUCGUCUCAUUACCCCUCCAAGGCGUGGAUACGGUUUCUCUUACUCUACUUAUGGCUCGCCAUCUGCCAACACUGGUACUCCAUCUGGUCUUGGUAGCAGCUUGUUGGGUCCCGGUGGUGGCAGUAACAGUCUCCGCGGCAGUGUGAGUGGCAGCAUUGGUCGUAGCUUCAGCAAGAGUUACUCCACUAGCAGUCUUAGCAAGACCUUCGACCCAGAAUCGGACAGCAUUCUUUCUCCCGGUGCCCUGCAGGCCGGCAGCUCACGUGGUACCAGCAACCUGAAGCGUCUCACUAUCAACCGUGGUCUGAGAAAUGAAAUACUCUCGACCUCUACUCGUACUUCCCCAGCUCCUCUUCUCACCAAUGGAGAAGACGCUGCUCAGUCUACCGACAAGCUGAAGAAAAAGGUCAGCUUUGACGCUACUACUUCCGGUGCUAACGGUGGAGAACUUGUUCGCGUUGAACCCAAGAGUCCUGAGCCGUCUGCCGAGGAGCUUGGAUUCCUCCGGUCUGUGCGCAAGAGCGGUAGCCUUAAUGGUUUCGACGCUGCCGGCACUACCGAUCGUCCCGAGCUGGAGCCCGUCCGCCGUGACCUUGCUGUUGUCCCCGAAAGCGCACCACAAACCGCCAACGGUGCUACCGUUAAGCGCCUCACGUUCAUCCCUGGUGGUGAUCCUAGGCCUGGCGAGUAUUGGAUGCGGCCCUCACGUGCCGAACUUAGCCGGUUGAGCCGCGACCAGCUCAGACAAGUCGUUGACUUCACCGUCGGCCGUCAUAACUGUGGAUCUGUCACUUUCAACGGCCCAGUUGAUCUGACUACCGUUGAUCUGGACAACCUUUUCACCACUGUUGUGGAUAUUGGUCUUCGCAAGAUUACUGUCUACCCCGAGGAAUCGGUCAAGCCUGCCAGAGGCAAAGGACUGAACGUGCCAUCUACCCUGCGGAUUGAGAACUCCUGGCCCCGUGGCAGAGAUAGGAAGAGCAACUCGCCUGUCACUAGUGGUCCUUUGUUCGACAAGCACAUCGAUCGCCUGCAGAAGGUGGGUGACACGGAGUUCGUUAACUACGAGACUGAGACUGGCACUUGGGUUUUCAAGGUGCCUCAUUUCACCACAUACGGCCUUGACUAUGAUGAAGAGGAAGGCGAGAGUCUCGACCAGAGCACCAUGAGUGCCCAGGGCCCUGACCACCCCACGAGUUUCGAUCAGUCCACCACUUUCUCCAUCGACGAGUCCUUCGUCGGUUCCAUGGUCGGUGUUGAAGACGAUACCUUCGAUUUCAAAAAGCGCAAGCUUGUUCCUGGCUCCUUCGCUAAUCAGGCCAUGCCUGUGGAGGAUGAUUAUUUUUCUGAGGGUGAGACCGAGUCUUUUUUAGAGGAAGGCUCCACGGGUUCAACUACUGAGAAUGACGAUGAUGUCGUCACCGAGAGCCAAGUGUCUGGCGAUUCGGUAGUUGGAUCAGAUGAGGCAGAUGAAAUGGAUAUGGCGGGUGCCUUUCCAACUCCUCAUCGCACCGUGGAGCGGGACGACUACCAGAGCACCAACGGUGAUCUGGAUACCACUUACCCUAUGUCGACACGUUUCGCCAGUCCUACAAAGCCGCAGCUUGAUCUUAGUGGCGACUGGGCUGAGCACCUGCAACGCACCAUUAGCCCUCGCAAGCAGAAUCGUGAUGCCUUGCGUGAAAUGCAGGCAGACGCUUUCAUUGAUCGCAACCUUGUGAACGACGAAUCCCCCACAACCAUUGCGACAGCUCCUCCCAAGAAGGGGUUUUCGAACAGCAUUGAUCUUAUGAACUCUUUAUUUCAGCAGCCGCGCAAGCAAGCUGCUUCUUCUCCGCUGAAGGCCCCUAAGGCACCGCCAAAGGGCUUUGAGUGGCCUUACAACAAGCAACCCAAGACGUUUGCUGGCGAUACAACACAAAUGAGUGAAUCCGAUGCCGCUUUCCAUGACUCUUUCAAGCCCCGCUGGGGUCCCAUGGACUCCCUCGUCUGCGCGAAAAACGACAUGGAGGACACAAUCUUGGGGGUGAACCAGACCUGGAAAGAAAGCUUCUCUGUUUUCAGCGAGGAGCGUGAUAUUGCAGUGAUGAUUUACAACCAAUCUGGCGAGGCCAGGGAAAUGCUUGAGGUCCAGCGGCUUCAGUCCUCUAUCCAGCGCAUCGACGGCACUCCUUUUGUUCGUAUGGCCAAGGUCGACCUGUCGCAGUUCCCUCUGUCACCUUCUACCCGUUCCCAGUCGGAGGAAGAGCGCUUGGUGUGGCAACUUCUGAACAUUCUUUUCAAUGACGAUAUUGAGGAUGACAUCUCAGCGGGUGUCCCGGUGCGACUACGACAGCAAUUUGCGCACCGGAUCAAGAAGGAUCGACUUUCACGUCUGUGGGAGGGAAUCAUUCGUGAAAAGCACUCCCAAAACCUGGAUCUGAUCCGCUCUCCGGUGGAACGCGCCGUUCAUUUGAUUUGUUCGCACCGAGUGGACGAAGCGUGCAAGACACUGAUCGACAGUCAAAAUCCUCAUCUCGCCACCGUUGUCGCCCAAAUUGGCCGCGAUGCUACCUCGCGAGCUGACAUAGCGAACCAGAUCAAUGUAUGGCGACAGACCAACAUACUUUCGGAGAUGAGCGAACCCGUACGAGCCCUUUACGAACUGGUUGCAGGAAAUGCUCUCCGCAGCGAAGGAAAAUCGGGCGGCGCGCUUGAAGACCGGGCCUCCAGCUUUGGCUUCUCCGAGCGGUUUGAUCUAGAUUGGUUCCAGGCCUUCGGCCUUCGUCUGUGGUAUUGCACUGCUGAAGAUGAGCCAAUCGAGGUGGCUGUUUUCAAGUUCCUUGAGGACUUGGCUACCGGACAAGAACCCGCCUUCCCCCACCCGUCGCACCAGGCCAGUACACAUGCGGUCCUGCAGCCUGGCUCUGAUACCCUUGGGCGCGAGUCUCCUCUUUGGGUUCUACUCAAGGCCUUCUCGGCGGUCGAAGGCCACAGCGCCCAAUCUAUUGAAUUCCCGGCAUCUUUCCUUCCUGAGUCCGUCUCCGGUAACCGUCUGUCCAACCGACUCUCUUUCCAGCUACACCACGUUCUCGCUGCGACGAUCGGACAAAACCAGGCCAUCAAGAUCAACCAACAUCAAACCGACCAACUCGUCUGGGACUUCGCUUCUGAACUCAGCGCGGGCGGAAAACUUGAUCAAGCACUGUUUGUCCUCCUGCACCUCUCCCAAGCCGAUGACCGCAAGCACGCCGUCCAAGAGACUCUCGCUCGGUUCGCCGCUCAACUCCCUGAGCCCUUUGCCGCCGACGGUUCCUCCCACCCAGCAUGGCAAUAUCUCGUCACUGAGCUACAGAUUCCCGAGCCCUGGAUCUGGAUUGCCAAGGCCCUGCAUGCUCGCGACAUCGGCGAUGCUGCCCGUGAGGUCGACUGUCUUAUUCGCGGAAAGCACUGGAACGACGCCCAUGCCACAUUUUGUCGCAUCGUCGGUCCUAGCACCAUCAUCGAGGGUGACUACCGUACCCUCGAGGCUCUGGUCUCUGGCUUCGGCGACGGGCCCGAGCGUAAAAUGCGCGGCUGGACUUCUGGUGGUGGCGUUUACGAAGAUUUCCUCCGCCUGGUUAACUCCACCAGCGGCCGACGUGACCCAACUCGCCUGAACCGCUUGGUGGCUGCUCUUGUUGCCAUGGGCGAUCGUGUCCAGGGAUCCGGUUUGGAAGGACUGGAGGAGCGUGUUGCAUUUAAGGAGAUGAGCCGAGCUGUCGCUGGCUGGAUUACGCAUGAGGAUGUUCAAUGCGUCGAAUCCUCCGCUAUUCUAGGUCUACCCUUGACAGGCGAUGCUCGCGUUUUGCAGACCGCAGAGAUGAGCCGUCGGUACUACGGUGUCAUCAUGGCGGGCGGCUAUUAA